AUUUUGUUCGAGACCCGGCUGAUUCGAGGCGGCGUCGCGCGAGAUCGUUAACGUGUGUGUUGUCAGUGAGCGGAGGGCGUGUGUGCAUCCACACACACACACUCACUACUUAUGGGUGUAGUAUGAGAUUGAGCGCGUGUGCGCGCGUGUGUGAGCGCAGAUAACGGCAUGGCCCCGGUCUGUGUCUUUGUAGCCGGUAAGGGGAAGGCGUGGUGAGUGUCUGCUCACAGAUGAACAGAUGAGGGAACGAGGCAGAUGUGCGGCGAUACACCCGACAGCGAGCGCGUGAACGGAACGGAAACGCCCUGACACACAGAGAUGACCGAGGGACGACUCUGCCAGGUGCAGCUCCUGGACGACAGGAAGCUGGAGCUCUUGGUUCAGCCAAAGCUGUUGUCUCGUGAACUCUUGGAUUUGGUCUCAUCCCACUUUAACCUGAAAGAGAAGGAAUACUUUGGCUUCACCUACGUGGAUGACACCGGUCAGUGCAAAUGGCUGCAGCUGGACCGCAGAGUGCUGGAACACGACUUCUCCAAGAAAUCCGGGCCUGUUGCGCUUCAGUUCCUGGUGAGGUUCUAUAUUGAGAGCAUUUCGCUUUUGAAGGAGCACACGACUGUGGAGCUAUUCUUUCUGAACGCCAAGUCGGCCAUCUAUAAUGGCGACAUUGAGCUGGAGAGUGAGCUGGUUUUUAAAUUAGCCGCUCAUGCUCUGCAGGAAUCUAAAGGAGACUAUACGAGUGACGAAAGCACCAGAGUAGAUCUGAAGAAGCUUCCAGCGCUGCCCACUAAAGUCCUGAAGGAGCACCCGUCUCUAGCGUACUGCGAGGAGCGCGUGAUUGAACACUACAAGCUGUUGAGAGGGCUCUCCAGAGGACAGGCCAUUGUGCAGUAUUUGACCCUGGUGGAGUCACUGCCUACGUAUGGAGUGCAUUAUUAUGAAGUGAAGGAUAAGCAAGGAAUCCCGUGGUGGCUGGGCAUCAGCUACAAAGGCAUAGGACAGUAUGACCACCAAGAUAAAGUAAAACCCCGAAAGCUCUUCCAGUGGAAGCAGUUGGAGAACUUGUACUUCAGAGAGAAGAAGUUUGCCGUGGAGGUGAACGACCCUCACAGGCGAACAGUGACUAAGCGCACGUUUGGCCAGACAGGGCUGGUGAUCCACACUUGGUAUGCCAGCCACUCAUUGAUCAAAACCAUCUGGGUCAUGGCCAUCAGCCAACACCAGUUCUACCUGAACAGAAAACAGAGCAAGGCGAAAAUCACCACAGCCAGGAGUUUAGGAGACAUCGCGUCCGACCUGACAGAGAACGGAGCUUCAAGGAUGAACAAACUGAGCGCCGGAGUGAAAAAUCAGCUCAUCAUGGCCAGCAACGGGAGUCUGGUUUCAACAGGUUCGGCCGACUCUGAAAUGAACGACGACCAGAAAAAGGAGAAACUCGCCGAGCUGAGAAAGAAAGAGAGAGAGAUCCAGGAUGUACUCGGCCAAAAACUGACGGAGCUGAAGGAAAUAUGCCUGCGGGAGGCCGAACUCACCGGCAAACUGCCGAAAGAGUAUCCCCUCAUCAAAGGAGAAACCCCUCCUCAUGUUCGGAGGAGAGUCGGGACGGCCUUCAAAUUGGAUGACCUUUUCCCAUAUAACGAGGAUCCGUACCUCAGAAAUCUGGAGAGCCGGUUUGCUUUGCAGCAGAAAAUCGUGGAGGCGGCCAAGAAGCUCGCCGCUGAGCCUGACAUCUCUAAAUUAGUGAGGAAGAAAAGGAGGAGGAACUGUCUGGACGCCAUGCAGAAGCUGCAGGAGAUUGAAGACGAAAUGAACCAAUACAGACUGAAGAAAGGGCAGAAACCCACACAGAGAGCUUCUGUGAUCAUAGCCGACGAACUAGCUCAGUCCGAGUGCAGCUCUCUGUGUGAAAGUCUUCCUCUGGAUGACGAAGACGAUGGCCAGAGGCCGCGUUCCCGCUCCGUCCAGUGCUCUCCGUGUCUCAGUCCUCCUCUGUCAUCGUCCGGCCUGGAAUACGACGCAGAGAGACGAUCGUCAUCGGGCGACACGCAUCACGACGGAGCUCUUAACAGAUUAGAUCAUGAGGUCCAAGGCCCGGGACAUUAUUACGUCCCCCGCGAGGUGUUCUCUGCCCAAAGCAGUCCGUGUAAAACUUUAGCCAGAACGCCAAAGGACCUUGGCAGCUUACCGCAAACCCCCGUCAUGCCCCGUAACGCUUACAGCAGCAGCCAGCUCAGGUCGGACGGUCACGUCCGUGGUUUCCGGCACCGCAGUGGCAGUUUGGAGUCCCAGUCGCAACUCGUCCACUCUCGCCGCGCAAACAAGUCGGCCUUCCCGCCGUCUCCGUCCCGCCGUAGCAACAGCACCGAGGCGCUGGACGAUCGCUCGCCCUACACCAGCACGUCCAGCGUGGACUACUGUCUCCCCUGCUCGGCCGCUCCUCCCUUCCGCACCGCGGACUCCCAAUCCCACGACUACCGGCUCCACCGCAAAGCGGAGAUCUACGGUAACACGGGCAGCAUGCCCAACUUGGUCCCUCACAAUUCCGGCUGUUACGGCUACCGGCAGAACCACUACGGCCCCACCGCGUACUACGUGGCCGGGUAUCCCGGCUUGGAAUACGAGCCUUGUUCUAACGGAGCUUACGUGUACGAGAGCGAACUGGAGGGUCACUAUAACGUGAACCCCACUUACCCGGCGCACGGUUACCAAGGUCGUAGCCGGAAUAGGCAUUACGGAAUCGAGGGGUCGGAUAAUUUGUCGCAGAAUCCGUACGCCACCGUGAGGCCCCCUAGAGGAAGACAGGGACCCUUGAACGAGGUGUUGACCAAGAACAUGUACAAGGCUCUGGUGGCGGAGCACCUGAAGGGAUGGUACAAUCGCAGCGCCGGACACAGGGACCCAGGAACGUAUCAGCUGGUGUACACUUACAAAUACGACCGAGGUUCCCAGCACAGCUUGGGUUACCAGACGCUGCCCGCGCCCUUCAGCCACUCCAGCCGAACCAACUCGUUCUCCUCAGUGUCGUCUACCGCCAGCGGAGGGGGGAACUGGCAGAAUCCUUUAGCCGUGGGUCUGACCGACGGUGAACCGCCAGACGGACCCUCGAGCGCUGGGGCUUACAGUCCUUUGUAUAAUCGCAGUCCUACACACCACAGGUUCCCGUCAGAAAGCGCCGCCUCUCGCGCAUCGGAGCCGGCGGAGGUGUUCGGCGCCGGCUGUUGUGACGCGGACCAUUGAAGAGCACGCGAGGCCGGGUCGUGUUGAACCGAUACGAGUCGAUGUAGUACCCGAGCCUCAGAGACUCGGCCCGAUUCCAAAGCUCUCGUGAUCGUCUCCCGAAAGCCUGAGCUCGGGCGAUUUUGACAAGAUGACCGAGAGGCGGUUCUGAACGGCAGUCCCCGACGGAGCACAAGCUGAUACGCAGCACCGGGAACGGGAAGCGGAAGGAAACGAGCGCCUCACGGACGGACGUGCGUUUCCAGCGGCCCAAAGGCCCGGUGAAACGGGCAAAAGUGAAGAUCAAGCAAACGAGACGCGCACGCUCACGGCGAAUGUCACUUCCUAGGGGGCGUGAAACGAUGUAAAUAUUAUUGUGACCGAGCCGUGCAAUCGUGUGAUAAGGGAGCGGUUUGCUCGCUCGACGCCCUAUAUAUAUUGCGUCCCGCACAAAUGUGUUAGAACAGCACUGGACAGGAGCCCCCGAAACCCAGAUGUUAGUUGUUA